AUGUUCCACCUAAUACGAAAAUACGUUUACCAUGAUGCAUCUAACGUGGACACUACAUUCGAUGCAGGAGGCAAAGUAUCUGUUGGACUUACAGCUUCAACCAUAGUUUCACAGAUGACUUGGGCAGCAACCCUUCUUCAAUCUGCUACAGUAGCAGUUAAGUAUGGGUUAAGUGGGCCACUGUGGUAUGCUGCCUCGGCAACUAUGCAACUUUUCAUUUUUGCCACGGUCUCUAUCCAACUGAAAACAAAAGCACCAGGGGCAAAAACAUUCUUACAGGUCAUCCGUGUAAGAUUUGGAGCUCCGACCCAUAUAGUAUUUUGUGUUUUUGCUGCAAUUACGAAUAUUAUCGUAACGAUGCUGCUGCUGUUAGGAGGUAGUGCUGUACUGACAAGUCUUACUAUAGACUUGUCUAUAGAAAUGGCAUGUGUGAUACUUGCAGCAGUCAUAGGGUCUUACACAUUGGUUGGUGGACUAGGAGCUACAUUUUACGUUUCUUACUUUAACGUAGCACUUGUAUUCUGUUUCCUGAUCAUUAUGGUGGUCGAGGUAUUCCUCAAGGCACCAUCCGAAGAUAUUGACCUUCCCUAUGGUAAUCCAGAGACAAUUUACAACUAUCUGCAUAACAUUACCGGACCAGUUGGAAAUUAUGACCAAAGCUACCUCACUAUAAUAUCGUCCGGUGGUCUUAUGUUUGCAAUUAUCACGGUUGUGUUAGCUUUUGGUGGGAUAUUUGGGGAUCAGUCAUACUGGCAGAGCAGCGUUGCAGCCAAACCAAUAGAUGGCAUGUGGGGGUUCAUGGUCGGAGGAAUCGUCUGGUUUUCUAUUCCAUUUGUACUUGCAACAUCAUUCGGUUUAUCGUAUCUCGCUGUUGAGAAUUGGCAAGACACUCCAAUAUUGUCUCCGCUUGAAAUUGAACAAGGCCUGGUUGUCCCUGCAAUGGCGCAAGCAAUAUUGGGGAAGACGGGGGAGUACGUUACUUUUCUAUUUAUCCUAAUGGCGAUUAUGUCAACAGGGUCUGCUGAGGUUGUUGCUGUGGCAUCGUUGAUUGUGUAUGACGUAUACCAGCCAUACAUUAACCCUUUCAGAAAGCAUCUGAAAGAGGGUGACUGUGUGGUAUGUGGCAAGCCGUCAAUGAAAACAACAAAAUCAGACAAUCUCGUUGAUCGUUUGAUAUGUUCAUGCAAACCAGUAGUUAACUGUACUGGAUGUGCUAAAGAUGUCACCUUGCGUAAAUCUGGUAAUAACCUAGGAGUUCAUCAGCCAUACACGUGUACCGAACAUGGUUUAUACAAGCAGUAUCAAGAUAAUUUGUUAAACUAUAAAAGCUGGUGUAUUCUUUGGAUUACGCUCUUCACAAUUCCUUUGGUUCUUUGCUCUCAUUGGGUUGGUCUGAAUCUAGGAUGGGUGUUCCUCUUCACGGGGAUUAUGAUUGGAUGUGUCGUUGUGCCAAUCAUGUUAAGUAUUCUGUGGAGUAAGGCAACAUCAGCAGGGAUGAUAUCAGGUGUUAUUUCUGGCUGCCUGAGUGGGAUAAUUCUUUGCUUAUUUUCACACAUCGGAGUCAAAUGUAGCCUAACUGACGUUGACGUAAUCAAAAAACUAUUAGAGAAGAAGAGACAUUCAGACAAGAAUGCAGACCAGGUUCCUAAUGUGAGGAGAUACAAUGCUUCGUCAGAUUGCUUUUCCAAUACACAUUAUCUAGCGAAUCCUGACGAUAAAUGUAGUUACUUCGCAUGCAACAGAGCAACAUUUCGAUUUGAAAAGAGAAUGUGCCCAGAUGGACGUUCAAGCACAUCAAAAAAUCGAAAACAAUCGAAAAAGGGUAGAGUGUUCGAGUCGGUACCAUGUUCCACCCGAGCUAAAGAAUGUUCAGUUAGACUGACUAAAAAACUGGCAAAAACUGUUCUUAGUGUACCAAAAGUCCCACUUUGCGGUAUUGAUAUGAUGAUUGCUGUUGAUAUCAGCUGUUCUAUAACACCAAUGGAUAAACUGAAAGUGAGAAGUUUCUUGCAACGAUUGGCUUCUUCGCUACCGAUCGGUAGAUCAAAGACACAAUUGGGUAUAGUUUCAUUCGAUGCUGAAGUUCACGAUGUGUUGUGGCUUAACACAGCUAUUAGGAGUAUUAGAGCAAUCCAAGCCAUACACAGGAUGAAGUUGGAGCAGAAAAAUCGGAAAAAAGAAUGUGGGACUGCAACAUAUGAUGCUUUAACUAAAAUAAAAGAAGAAUAUUUUACAGAAGAUAGGGGUGACCGUAAAAAUAAACCAAAUGUUGUCCUCGUAGUGACAGAUGGAAAAACGGUGCCACCGGAGAGAGCAGUCGAUACGAUUGAGGCAGCAAGGGCACUCAAGCGUGCUGGCGCUCUAAUGUUUAUUCUAGCAUUACCUAAUUUACGAUCAAUGGAAUUGGGACAAGGUAAAUUUAUAGGUUGGAACGAAUGGUUAAAAAUGACGGAGCCAGAAAAUAUAUUCACGGCAGCAGAUUUUGAUGUUCUACAGUCUCAAGUCACAAAUCUCACGCAGAGCUUUUGUGAAUAACAUCCUCAUCUACGAGAAACCAUCCGGGAACAUGCCAAAUACAAAUUCUUGGAAUUUAUUAUUGUACGGACUUUUGAAAGGGAAAUGGCGAUCCGCUACAAUGCUUUGGAAAUCCAACAUACACAAAGGAAACGCUAUUGUGAAUAUCAUCAAAAUGAUACCUAAAAUGGCAUGAUGAAGUGUUGCUCUUAUAAACAAAAGACGCUCGAUGCACUGUAAAAAUGGAUAUUUUAACAUGGUUUUACAAAAAUGUGUUAUUUAUAGGUCGGAAAGAAAUCUAAAUAGGUUUAUUGUUUUAUUUGCAUAAUGAACUAUAAAUGCUUUAGUUUUUUGAUAACGUUAAACGUGUCUGUCACUUUGUUAUAUUAGUUUGAAAUUAAUCUACUGCUUAUAAGGCAUUUACUGCAAUCAGCC